AGAUUUCCGGAAGGGAGAUAACUUAAUUUAUUUUCUGAAUCGAUGGCUCGCCGGUUAAACUGGGAAGGUUCCAGAGAUUGUCUGAGACGAUUAAGAGAAGAUCAUGUUCGAGACAGUGAACUGGUAGUACGUCUUUGGGAAGAAUGUUUGAUGAAUCACAGAGAAAAGCUUGGAGAUGAAUUAUGGACUGUAUAUGAACAAGUUUGUAUUGCUGCCCUGGAUUGUCAAAGACUAGAUUUAUCUGAGAUCUGUUUAGAAUUACUACACAACAAAUUCCCAGAUUCAGUCAGAGUUAAAAGAUUAUUAGGAAUGAGAUAUGAAGCAGAGAAAAAAUUUGUGAAAGCUGAAGAAGUAUACCAGGCAAUUAUCGACAAAGAUGAAUCUAACAUGUUUGUAAGGAAAAGACUGGUAACCAUAGCUAAGGAACAGAAUGAAGUAACUAAAGCUAUUGACCUGUUAAAUAAAUAUCUAGAACAAUUUAUGACAGAUUUUGAAGGUUGGUUGGAGUUAUGUGAUUUGUAUUUAUCACAGUUGGACUACUCCAAAGCUUGUUAUUGUAUGGAAGAAUUAAUUAUGUCAAAUCCACACAACCAUUUGUUUUAUCAGAAAUUUGCUGAGAUAAAAUAUACCAUGGGAGAUCCAGAAAGUAUGGCCAUGGCAAGAUCGUAUUAUGCCCAGGCCAUAAAGCUGAAUCCUAAAAAUGUUAGAGCUUUGUACGGAUUAUUUCUUUCCUCUAGUAAUCUAGCUGUUACAGCAUCCAAAGGAGGAGGAGGCAAAGAGAAACAAAACAAUAUCAAAAAUGCUGCAUGGGCAGCACAACAGCUGAAUGAGCGAUAUCAGACUGACCAGCCAAAAGAAAUGACAGAAGAAACAAGGGUAGUAGAAGCCAUUGAGAAAGUCUUGGAAUCUUUAACAGAAAAGACAUCUAGUUGAUCAUAACUAAAGAGAUAUAUUCAGAGAUUAUAAUAUAUAGACUACAAAUAAACAGUGUUCAAUUACUGGGCAUUAACCCUAUAAAACAAAAGAUGGUGCAACUUGGUAACAUUGGAAAAAAACAGAUCAUGGAUUAUCAAACACUAUUGAAAUGUUUAGAUAUUAAAGAUAUUAGGGAAAUUGCAAAAGUUUUUUUUUAAUAUUUGAAUAUUUUUUGGAUCAAGAUCUAGCUGACAUUAAAAGUUUUAUAAAUGUAUAAAAGUUAUGUGUGAAUAAAACAUUGAAGAUAUGAUCAUUUAAUAAGUCAGUUUGUCUUUGACAUCAUUACACUUUGUCAGUCCUACAGAUCUGUUUUUGCAGAAAUCAUCUUGGAUCUCAGAAAUCAGGAAAUAUUUUUAUCACUCAAUUUCACUGUAAAAGAAUUCAAGAUGUUUUGAUCUAAUAGUUUCUGUUUACAAAUUGUCAGCUCCAUUUAGAAAUGUACAUGGAGAUAUAUAGAUUUAAAUUGUUUACCCAACUGCAAGUCAGUUAUGUAAAUAUAUUACAAAUAAAUGUUGUUUAUGUC